AUGACAGACAAAAAAGAACACAACAUUGGUGUGACGAUUGAUUCGUCGGACCAACCCUCCAACCACUCUCACGAUGAGAAGAUCAAGACGGUUAUUUCGGUUACAGCCGAAGACAUGGCACACAGAGAUGCCGUCAUAACGACGAUUUUGUCUCCAGAUGGUAAGGAAGUUGAUAUCACUGGUGAUGUCGAUGAUGCGAUGAGAUUGGCUUUGAAGUCGAAAGGUGUGGUUUUGACGCCAGAAUUGAACGCCAAAUUGUUGAGAAAGACCGAUCUAAUGCUUUUCCCUAUUAUGUGUAUGAUUUACUCGGUGCAAUUCAUGGACAAAGUUACGACCUCUAACGCAUCUAUCAUGGGUCUUGUUAAGGACUUGAAGAUGCACGGUGAGCAGUAUUCCUAUGUUGGUUCCGCGUUCUACUUCGGUUACCUUGGAGGGUUGUUUAUUCUUCCUCCAAUCAUGCAAAAGGCCAAGAAAUUUAUGAAAUUGUUGACUACCAUUAUCAUUAUCUGGGGUAUGGUUCUUGCGCUCCACGCUGCGCCUUCGGUAAAUUACCCUUCAUUCAUCUUCCUAAGAUGUUUGCUAGGUUUCCUUGAAUCUGCCAUCACUCCCGCAUUUACUAUUAUCACAUCUCAGUACUGGAGAAAAGAGGAACAGUUCUCCAGAAUCAACUUCUGGUUUGGUUUUAAUGGUUUAGGUACGAUCUGGGGUGGUUCCAUCGCAUAUGGUCUUUUCACCCAUCAAAAUUCAUACUCUAUUGAAGCAUGGAAACUGGUUUUCAUCAUCACGGGCUGUAUCACGAUCUUUAUGGGUUUCAUCAUGAUGUUACAUUUGCCUGAUUCCCCAGACAAGGCAUGGUUCUUUAGCGAAGAAGAAAAACUUCUCUUGGUCGAGAGAAUUAGAGAUAACCAACAAGGUUUCGGUAACCAUCACUUCAAGAAGCAUCAAUUCUUGGAAGCUUUGAAGGAUAUCAGAACGUGGUUGUAUUUCUUCUUCUCAGUUGCCUCGAAUAUUCCAAAUGGUGGUGUUACAAACUUCUCUUCCAUUCUUUUGAAAAGUGAUUUCCGUUACUCAACUAGUAAGAGUUUGUUAGUUAACAUGGGUUCCGGUGCAGUUGAACUUGUUGGUUGUCCAUUGUUUGGUCUUCUAUCGUUCUGGUGUUUCCAACGUAAACUCAAAGUUUUGUCUUCCAGAUUGGUUUGGGCAUUUAUUGCUACCGCUGUUUGUUUCAUCGGUGUUUGUAUGCUUGCAUUUGCCAAACACGAUAAACACGCAAGACUAGCAGGUUUCAUGCUCAUCGGUAUCGCACCAGUGUCUUUCAUUUGUGUCUUAUCCUGUAUAUCUUCGAACACUCUGGGAUACACUAAAAAAUGGACAGUCUCUUCUAUUAAUUUAUUGGCCUACGCCGGUGCAAAUAUUGCAGGUCCACAUACAUUUAUCGACAGUCAAGCACCAGACUACAACGGUGCAAAAGUCUCAUUGGUCGUGUGUUACGCUGCAGCUCUAGUGCUCAUUGUGGUUAUUUACGUUGUUAACGUCAGAGAAAACAAGAGAAGAGACAAGAUUGAAGCAGAAAGAGUAAAUGAACCAGUUAUUGAAAACAUCGAAUUUGCAGAUUUGACUGAUUUCGAGAACUUGAAAUUCAGAUACGCUAUUUGA